UCGGCGCUGUGACGAACACCAUCUAUCAAUUUAUCGAGGAAUUCUAUUUAUCGUUUCACUAAUCCCAGUUGUUAAAGUGCCACUUUGUUUUCGUUAACGUCCGCACUCAGAAAAUUUGAUUGAGAGGCCUACGAAUCGCAAAAUUUUUUGUGAGGUUCUAAAUCACACGUAUAUUGUAUAACAAUGUAACUUGCAUACAAUGUGAAUAAACGUUUCCUUAUUACGAGUUAAAUUUGUGAGAAAUACUGUAUUGUAAGAAAUUGUAUAAGAAUCAGUAUUGUGACCUAUUUAUUUAGUGGCCAGCCAGUUUCUUCCUUAACAUGAAGUCAGCGAAGUGUAAAAUGUGUUCAACAUAAUUUUAUUCAAUAAAAUUCCCUUUCUAUGAGUGCCAAAGAGAAAGUAAGAAGAACCAGAUUUCAUUAAUGUAUCAAGAUAUAUCUACAAGACAAUCAUGGCGUAUCCUGAAACAUCUGCUAUGAACCAACAAGAUAGUAUAACCGAAAUACGAAAAGAACUGAGAGACAUUAAAUCUGAAAUUCAAAUAAUUAAAAACAUUACUAGACAACUAAAGAAAGAUUGCAGUAAGAGUAAUAUAGAACUGUCUUCUACUACACUUGAUAAGUCAGCGCAAGAGCAUAAACAUUUGACACUAGAUAAUGUAAAUAAAACAUUAGAAGAUGUAUUGACGUACCAUGAUAUUCAUAGUGAUAUGUACAUGAAACAAAGUGAUGGUAAUAUUGAAGCAAUAACUGUGGUUCAAGAUUUAAAUACUGAGAGUGAACAUAAGAUAGAUCCUAGAAUAUAUCAAGAACAGAGCAUGAAUGCGAAAAAUCUUGCUGAACAAAUUUCGAAGCUCAGAGCGUCACAGUCGCCCAUAGCCAUAUCUGUCAGCCGCUGCCCCACGUGGUCGUCUCUGGAACCUCUAAAAUUCAAAGGCUACUGGGACAAUGAGGCGACUGGAGUGCUCUUGAACACUGGCCAAACGGCAUUCUUCACGUUAGAUUCCGCAAAACGGCCAUGUCUCAGUGGAGGUCCACUUAUCGGCGAAUAUAUAUUUGAGCAGAUGCACUUCCACUGGUCAGUCGAUGAUUUCACGGGAUGUGAACACGUUUUAGAUGGACAUGGAUACGCGGCAGAAUGUCACUUAGUGCACUUCAACAGUAAAUAUGAAUCCAUGGAAGCCGCAGUGGCCCACCCAGACGGUCUGGCUGUGGUUGGAUUCCUUCUAGAGGCUGUGGACGUUCCAAACCCUUGCUUCGACCAGUUUGUUGAGGGUCUGGAUCUAAUUAAGAAGCGGGAUAAUGCAGUGCAUUUACCGUCUGAAUCAUUAUCAUGGAUGGACAGAGCUGACGUCACAACGGGCAGCUACGUCACCUACAAGGGAUCGCUGACCACGCCGCCCUACACUGAAUGUGUCACAUGGAUCAUCUAUGAGAAGCCCGUACAAAUUGGAACUGAGCAGCUGGGUCUUUUGAGGCAAUUGGAGGGCAACGACAGUACACCCAUUGAGAGGAAUGUGAGGCCGACGCAACGACACCCACCCGGACACUCUGUUAUAUACGUGAAGCAAAUGAAAUCGAAACUUUGACCUGAUAUCUGUAUUGUAUGGAAUAUACGUAUUUUUGUUA